GAGGGAGCUUCCAUCUUCUCUCUGCUUCUUCAUCCUCUUUUAAGAGCAAUUUAGACGUAGACUUAGAUCAGAUUCCGAACCUAAUUCAUGAUUAGCUGACUGGAGUGAGAAAAGGAAGAGUCGGCAAUAGUUUUGAUGCUGUUAGGUGGACAUGAAUUGAAAAGUGCUAUUAUCAUUUUUCCUCAUUUUUUUAAAUUUCUUUUUGGUUUUGUUGAAUUUUUGCACUCUCGCAGGAGGCGUUUUACUCAUGUCUUUCUCCCGCCGAUGCAUUUGAGAUGAGAGGCGAAAAGCAAAUAUUGCGCUUUUAUCUCCAAACGGGCAUCAAGCCCGCACGCGCGCGCGUUUUCCCGGAGAAUGGACGCGAAUGACGGGAUUGCUAGAUCCUCACACUUUUCCCCGAUACCCAGCUCAGCUGAACACAGUCGCCCGGAUACCGAUCGGGCUAAUUGGAUUUUGUAACAUCCACCUACUCAUCACAAAUAGUAGGAAACUCGUGUCCAGACCGCGCGGCCAUCCACGCAAGGCUAAGUUGCAUCGUUCUGUGAUGGUAAACAGACGCGGCUGGUUUUGGUCAGGGAAUUUCACAGAGACUGCGCCUUUAGACUAUCCCGUCCGACACGAAUUUUAUCAGGCAGAAACUGAGCAACUUCAGCGUUUUCUGUAGGAUGUCGCGCCGCAAGCAAGCGAAACCAAGAUCCCUGAAAGUAGAAGACAAUGUGACAGAGGACCAGCACAGUCCCGGGCAGACUGCCAUUCCAAGCGACCCAGAGAGCGCCCUCGAGAGGGCAACGGAAGAUGGUGAGGUUGGCCGACUGAGGAAGGGGCUGCUCUCUCCAGAGGAAAGAGAGGAGGGAGAGGAGGAGGACGAGGAGCCGGCACUGCACAGCUGCGACAGCUGCCGGCAGGUGUUCGAGUCGCUGAGCGAUCUUACCGAACACAAGAUUAAUCAAUGCCAGCUGACAGGUGUUGCUGAUCUGGAAGAUGACCCAUCGUGUUCCUGGCCUGCAUCAUCUCCCUCCAGUAAGGAUCAAACUUCCCCUGGACACUGUGAAGACUAUGACUUUGGCGAGGAUGAAGGAGGACCUGGUCUCCCGUACCCAUGUCAGUUUUGUGACAAGUCCUUCAGUCGCUUGAGUUUCCUGAAGCGGCACGAACAGAGCCACGGUGACAAACUCCCUUUCAGCUGUACCUUCUGCAGCCGCUUGUUCAAACAUAAGCGCAGCCGUGAUCGACACGUAAAACUACAUACUGGUGACAAGAAGUACCACUGUGGGGAGUGUGACUCUGCCUUCUCUCGCAGUGAUCACCUCAAAAUCCACAUGAAAACUCACGCCUCCAACAAGCCCCACAAGUGCCCCGUGUGUCGCCGCGGCUUCCUUUCCUCCAGCUCUCUCCAUGGCCACAUGCAAGUGCAUGAAAGGGGCAAAGACGGCAGCAGCUCCAGCUUUUCCCGAGGAGAGGAUUGGAAACUGAAAGAAACCCGGAAGUGCAGUCGUUGCGAGGAAGGCUUUGAUGUUCCAGAGGAGCUUCAGAGACACAUCGCAGAGUGCCACCCUGAUUGCUCUCCAUCCGAGGAUGGUGGUCUGGGUGCGACCUUGCAGUGCAUCUAUUGCCACGAGCCCUUCAGUGAUGAGGGCACCCUGUUGACCCACAUUGACCAGGCCCACAGCAGAGAUAGAAAGGGGCACAUCUGUGCUAUCUGCUCUGAGCACUUUCUGUCCGUUGAGGACCUCUAUGCUCACAUGGACAUUCACCAGCUCCCUGAAUCUAGUAACCAUAGUAACAGCCCUUCUUUGCUUACAGUAGGCUACACCUCUGUAUCCAGCACCACUCCUGACUCUAACCUCUCUGUCGACAGCUCAACAAUGGUGGAGACAGCACCACCUGUUCCCAAGACUAGGGGAAGGAGAAAAAGAGCAGCUCAAAACACAUCAGACAUUGGAGGGCGGUCCUCCAAACAACCUAAAGUAUCUUACAGUUGCAUCUAUUGCAAUAAACAAGUAUUCUCCAGCCUGGCUGUUCUGCAGAUUCACCUAAGAACCAUGCAUAUGGACAAGCCAGAGCAAGCUCACACGUGCCAGUUUUGUUUGGAGGUUCUCCCCUCUUUACUAAAUUUAAAUGAACAUCUCAAGCAGAUUCACAAUGCAGAAGACCAUGCUGCCCUGUUAGCCAGCCUGCCUGAUGCCCUGCUUCAGUGUAACUUCUGCCCUGAAGUGCUAAGUGACCUGAAUGCUCUCCAGGAACACAUCCGCUGCUCCCAUGGCUUCCCCAGCCCUGUUGCUAAAGAAAGCAAUGCCUUCUUCUGCCCCCAGUGCUUCAUGGGGUUCUUGACAGAGGCUACCUUGGAAGAACAUGUUCGUCAGACACAUUGUGAUGGUGGAAGCCUGCGAUUUGACUCUCCUUUGGCUGUAACUCCUAAGGAGCCCAUCGUAGAGGUGUACUCCUGUUCAUACUGCACUAAUUCCCCGAUAUUCAACAGUGUCCUGAAGCUUAACAAGCACAUUAAGGAAAACCACAAGAACAUUCCUUUGGCUCUAAACUACAUCAACAAUGGAAAGAAAUCCCUGCGGACUCUCAGUCCUUCUUCACCAAUAUCUGUGGAACAAACGACUAUCCUGAAACAAGGCAGCUCAGCUUCACGCACUACCAGUGAGUUCAUUUGCAACCAGUGUGGAGCCAAGUACACCAGUUUAGACCUUUUUCAGACCCAUCUGAAAACUCACCUGGAUGGUCUGCAGCCUCAGCUCACAUGUCCACAGUGUAACAAAGAGUUCCCAAACCAAGAGUCCUUGCUGAAGCACGUGACUAUUCACUUCACCAUUACCUCCACCUAUUAUAUCUGUGAAAGCUGUGACAAGCAGUUUACUUCAGUGGAUGAUCUGCAAAAGCACCUGCUCGACAUGCACACUUUUGUGUUUUUUCGCUGCACCCUCUGCCAGGAAGUGUUCGAUUCCAAGGUUUCUACCCAACUCCACCUGGCUGUGAAGCACAGCAACGAGAAGAAGGUGUAUCGUUGCACAUCCUGCAACUGGGACUUCAGGCAUGAGACUGAUCUCCAACUGCAUGUCAAACACAGCCAUCUAGAGAACCAAGGCCGCGCCCAUCGUUGCAUAUUUUGUGGGGAGUCCUUUGGAACAGAGGUAGAGCUGCAGUGCCACAUUACCACCCACAGCAAGAAGUACAACUGCCGUUUCUGCAGCAAAGCCUUCCACGCCAUUGUCCUCUUGGAAAAACAUUUAAGAGAGAAACAUUGUGUGUUUGAAGGAAAGACACAAAACUGCAGUGCUAAUGGCUCAACUGUAAACAGUGGAGAAGGCCAACCAAAAGAGGAUGCUGAACUGCAAGGUCUUUUAACCAACAGUCAUGGAUCAGGAGCAGCUGGUGGAUCUGUGGUGGAGUCUCAAAACAGCCAUGAUGGAAGUGAGGAAGAGGUGGACUCUGCAGAGCCAAUGUAUGGGUGUGACAUAUGUGGAGCAUCUUACACCAUGGAGUCACUCCUCACUAACCACCAACUGAGGGAUCAUAACAUCCGCCCUGGUGAAAGUGCAAUGAUAAAAAGAAAAGCUGAAAUGAUCAAAGGCAAUCACAAGUGCAAUGUUUGUUCCCGUACCUUCUUUUCUGAAGCUGGACUGAGGGAACAUAUGCAGACCCACCUUGGGCCAGUCAAACACUACAUGUGUCCCAUCUGUGGGGAGCGAUUCCCUUCCUUGCUCACUUUGACAGAGCACAAGGUCACUCACAGCAAGAGUCUGGACACAGGCAGCUGCCGCAUUUGUAAGAUGCCUCUACAGAGUGAAGAGGACUUCCUGGAGCAUUGCCAGAUGCACCCUGACCUAAGAAACUCCUUAACGGGUUUUCGUUGUGUGGUGUGCAUGCAGACAGUCACCUCCACACUCGAGCUCAAGAUUCACGGCACUUUUCACAUGCAGAAGACCGGCACCAUGUCAGUCAACCAGCCUAUGGUUCGAAGCAAUGCCCUCUCCCAAAACCAGCAGCACCACCUUGCCCAAAAAUUUUUCAAGUGUGCCUCAUGCCUGAAAGAUUUCAGGUCCAAACAAGACCUAGUCAAACUGGACAUAAAUGGACUGCCUUAUGGACUGUGUGCGUCCUGUGUGACAGCCGCCGGCUCCACAAGCUCCAGUCCAACAGUAAAUGGAGGACGGCCGCAGCAACACGGGGGAGCCACCACUCCGGCAACAAACACCGUUGCAUGGGUGCAAGGAGAUAGUCUCAGCCCUGGGGAUGGAAAAGGCAAAGCUGUCUCUUCAACAUCCUCAUCCUCUUCCACGUCUUCAUCAUUUGCAGCCAAGACACGCUGUUCCAGCUGCAAUGUGAAGUUCGAGUCAGAAGCAGAGCUGCAAAACCAUGUUCAGACAGUGCAUCGGGAACAAUCAGCAGAUAGCAACAGUGGGCAGCUCAAGACUCCCCAGGUGUCACCCAUGCCCAGAUCUAGUCCCUCGCAGGCCGAAGAGAAGAAGACAUACCAGUGUAUCAAAUGCCAGAUGGUUUUCUACAGUGAAUGGGACAUCCAAGUUCAUGUGGCCAACCACAUGCUGGGCUCACAAGUUUCUGGAUCACAUCACCAAAUAGAGGAAGGACUGAACCAUGAAUGCAAGCUAUGUAGCCAGUCGUUUGACUCUCCGGCGAAACUUCAAUGCCAUCUGAUUGAGCACAGCUUUGAGGGCAUGGGUGGAACAUUUAAGUGUCCGGUCUGCUUCACAGUGUUCGUUCAGGCCAACAAACUCCAGCAGCACAUCUUCUCCGCCCACGGCCAGGAGGACAAGAUCUACGACUGCUCCCAGUGUCCACAGAAGUUCUUCUUUCAGACAGAGCUACAGAACCACACGUUGACUCAGCACAGCAGCUAACAUGGCAGAGUUCAGCGCCGUGGCGGAGCAGAAGGAUCACAUGAUGCCGAGAACAAUGACUGACCACCAAUUACCAUCAGGGCAGUUUCCCCCCUGACUGUCUUGCACUGAAGUUUCAACUCAGUCACACCAAGAAACCAUGCCACAGGAAGGAAAAAAGAACAUAAAAGGAACAAGGGAAUGGACAUAAAAGAAAACUGUGUUCUUUAAAACCAUUAUGAUAAAAAUAAAGAAAAGACCAACUUGUUUGUACAUAGACCUCUUCAUGUGUUGCUUAACCUCAGCUCUAUUGCAAUCUUAUACAGUAUUUGCCAAUGUACAGCUAAAAAUGUUUGUUUGAAAACAUUAAAGGAAAAAAAAUGACGUCAGUCAAACGUGAUGGAUCUUAAGCAGUUGCGAAAAGGAGGAACAGGGUGUCACUGAGAGCGAAGCAAACUGCAGGAACUGACAAUCGUUCCCAGAAGGACUCUUUUCAUCAGUGGCACUCCCACUGCGCUAAAAGUUACUCUGUAUCCAGACACGGUCACUCAUUAUGGGAUGGAGGAACUCUGAUUCACCAGGAUAGAUAAAAAAAAUCUUGUCUGUGAGUCUGUCAAACAGCAGUACGACUGCCAGGGAACCAGUGAGCGAUGGACCUGCACUGCGUGCGCUGGAGUUCAUGCAAGAGGCGGUGGACAUGAAAAAAGAAAAAAACAACGCAGAAGAGAAAAACAGGACAGAGGGAAGGGAUGCUGAUAUAUGCAAAUGCAGUGACACAGAUUUGAAAAGGUUAGUUCCUCUGGUUGGCUCGUGAACACAGGCGUGAAGCUCCCAUGUGGCUCUGAGAGCGUGGGGAAAUCUCAAGCCCACUGAUUCAACCUGUACAUUUCUGUUAUUAAUGUUUACUGUGUGGAGCUCGGAGAUUACUGGAAUUUGUGUUUUUUUAAUGCUUUAUGUCACUAUGUAUUUUAAAUCUGCAACAGUUGAAUUUCAGGGUCGUGAAGAAUUUGCGUCCCUCUUGGGAGAUAAACUUACAAAGCCCAGUCUUUGGCUCUCCUGGAGAGUGCCCACACUCGUAUCUUUUUUUUUUUCUUUUUUCUUUUUUGCAGCAUCUUAUUGUCCUUUACAAAAGCUGGAAGACCCUCAUAACAAAACUUUAAUUCAUUUUGUUAUGUAAAUUCUUGGAAUUCAUUGAACCUGAGAUGCACUUUUGUAUGAAACUUUAAUGUUUUGACAUUUUGAUUGACAAUUGUUCUUACCCAGUUUACAGGAAAUCACCAUCUCCUGCUGCAAAAAGACUGUUGUCUCCGAUGUUAUUAAAAUGUAUUGUACAAAUAUGGAGCUCUGUAUUUGGCAGACCUCGUCUUUUUUUGUGUUGCACAUGUGAUGGAAAUAUUAAAAACUGUAUAAGGAA